GUAUCCAUUACAGGUUCAGAUUUGAGCCGCGUUCUAUUCUGGGAACCACUCGUAAAAAAUACUUUUGGUUUUGUUUUAAAGAAUCAAAUAAAAGCAAAUGUGUACGGAAACCUUAAUUGAUCAAGGCGCUGAAGCGAAAGUUUUUAAAGGAUCUUUUCUUGGAAUUCCAUGUAUUAUUAAAGAACGAUUCUUAAAAAAGUACCGCCAUCCAAUGUUAGAUGAAACACUUACUCAUCAGCGUUUGGUGACGGAAGUUCGAGCGAUGGUUCGAGCAAGGAAGUAUGGGGUGGAAUGUCCAGCUCUCUACUUUGUUGAUCCAGUCAAGCAUAAAAUUUAUAUGGAAUACAUAACGGGUGUCACACUUGACAAAUUUUUAAAUGAAGCAGUAACACGUCGUUCGGUUUCAAAGGAACACGUGUUUGAAGGUACACUUUCGACACAUUGUAAUAAAUGUCCGUCAAAAGAGCAUUUAACUUGUAGUUCAUUGAGUCAAAUGGCCAAAAAAAUUGGUCAAUCUUUAGCGAAAUUGCACAAUUCGGGUUGUAUCCAUGGAGAUAUCACACCGUGCAAUAUUUUGAUACGUUUCCCUGAAACAGAGUUUGAGAAUGGUAUUGAUGCCAAAUCCAUGGAACUGUUAACGGUUGUAUAUAUUGAUUUUGGUUUAAGUUUUAUGUCGUCGAUGGCGGAGAACCGUGCAGUUGACCUAUACGUUUUAGAGCGGGCUCUAAAAACCUAUAUGAAGGCGUUUCCUGUUUUUACUCGUGUUUUGUUAGAAGAAGGCUAUUUUCCGCAUGUAAGCCAAAGUCAAGCCGUUCGCGAAAAAUUGGUUGAAGUUCAACUGAGAGGGAGAAAACGUUUAAUGAUAGGAUGACUUUCUUAUAAUUUAAAAUAAUGUUAUAUUGUCUCCAAUAUAUCACAAAAUGGAUAAUCCCCUAUAAGGAUUUUUUUUUUCCAUGAUGCUAAGGAAAUGUAA